CCUCGCUGCGUUACAUAGCGCUCCUUCGCGACCAUGCUCCCCCCUUUGGGCCCUAUCGACGAGAAAUCCCUGUUGAAACCUUAUGUCACCGGACGGAAGGCCAGGCUCUUCGAGCUUCGAGAGCUGCAGCUUAUGCGAAACGGGAAGCCGGCCGGGUUCGAUCAGACAGAGUUUAUUCCGAAAAAUCCUGGGCGUCCUCUGGGCGAGGUAUACUACCGAGGCGUUGUGAGGAUCACGAACCCCGAUGAUCUCACUACCGAAGGCCUGCAAUUCCUGCAGAAGAAGCUUAGACAUGCCGGCCACAACCGUCAAGCAGAGGCUCUCAUCAAGAGCGAGGGUCUUGACGUCUACGUGCACGGCAAGAAAAUUACAGUGGUUUUGUUCAGGCGCAAGCCUGUACCAGACGGGAUUCUGUUCACGUCUUCUUGCGAACACAGGUUCGACAUCAAGUCGUUCCAUGAGGAUACGGCUCUGCUCAGCCGGGCAUGGCUGAGGCAGCAGCACCUCUACUACGACAUGUCGGUGACAAUCAUGAUGGAUAAGGAUAGUGUGGAGCCAGACCACGGUCCGGCGUACUUUAUCGACGCUUAUAUCAGGGGGGCUUACCCCGAACGUUCCAUGGUCGAACGCCUUAUCGUCGAUUCCUCGCACCUGGAUUUACUCCCGCGCAAGAGACGCGAACUGGACUAUGAAGAAGUCGCAGAGCUGUUUUAUCAAGACAUAGAUUUUAUCUUGAGCCACAACAAAAUGCCCGGAAAGAGCGGGAAGAAGCUGAACAUCGCGGCAUGGCAGGAGUUCAAGCGGCGGGGCCAAAGAGGCGACUUCUCCAGGUUCACCGAGCCUGUCGUAAUCCCAAAGAAGAAGGCGGUUCGCCGCUUCGUUGGGCACGUAAGGCGUAAGGAUGAAUAUGAUGAUUGGGACUCGGACUACACGAUCCCCUCUACAUCAGCGGAAUCCUCCUCGUCUGACGAGGAAGGUGCACGUCCAGGCAUGCCACCAGACCCGGAGCUCACGGAGGCGAUACCUGCAUGGAUCUUGCAAGAACCUCGUAUCGGGCCGAACUGGAGCUGGGGGUGUCCCCAUCCCGGAUGUUCCUAUUCUAUCAAGCUCCUUGCACUGUCUGAGCGAGAAGCUGCCCUCCUUGACCCUGCCGAUCUCCGAUUCAUCAAGGGUCGGUCCUGGCACACAGCCAG